CAGAAUGGAUCUGGAGAGAUGUCGGUGCAAAGCACGAGUGAGUGGGGGCUUGUAACAACAGCUGGAGGCCUACGUAAAUCACAAUGGCGGGGAGGAAUUAUGAGUGGCAUUUGCCAGUGUCACACAUUUGUUCAGUAAACGUACACGUCUCAAUAUUGUACAAUUCUUUCCUACGUUAUUCUCUAUUUUUAUUGUAGGCCGAACGUGCUGUCGUUGCGUAUAGGGACUUGGUCACAGUGUUCAGUUUGUGCGUACAUUUGUCGGCCUUGAGAUAUUAAUUUAGUGUCAGGUGCGGUACAUUUCUGUCACAUUCGAAUGGUUCAUUGCAGAAUGUUGGGGGCAGGUGCGCCCGCGGCUUUCCUAGUGAAUGAUAAGGGUCGCUGAAUGGGUUACGGUUUGGGAGGCUGCGCUGUUCGAGAUUUCUUGAUCAUACGAGGCAUGCUUUCGCUUCCGGGCGAGCGGUCAGAGAUGUUACAGAGCGCACGGUGAACAGCCUCAACGAUAGACCGAGCAUCGAUGCUUCGUGCAGUCAGGAUGGAGGAGUUUGUUACGGAGGAAGAUGAGCCAUGGUACGACCAACGGGAUUUGGAGCAGGAUCUGCACCUGGCAGCUGAGCUGGGGAAGACCCUUUUGGAGCGCAACAAGGAGCUGGAGGACUCCCUACAACAGAUGUACAUCAACAAUGAGGAACAGGUGCAGGAGAUCGAGUACCUGUCCAAGCAGCUGGAGAUGCUGAGGGAGAUGAACGAGCAGCAUGCCAAGGUCUACGAGCAGCUAGACGUGACGGCCAGAGAGCUGGAGAUCACCAAUGAGAAACUGGUUAUAGAGAGCAAGGCCUCGCAGCAGAAGAUAGACAGGUUGACGGGUACCAUGGAGACACUGCAGGCUCAGGUGGAUACCAUGACAGCUCGUGUGGAGGAACUACGUACACUAGAGAAGCUGAGGGACCACAGAGAGGAGCAGGAGCGACGCAAGACUGUCCACUCCUUCCCCUGCCUUAAAGAACUCUGCACUGCACCAAAGUAUGAGGAUGGCUUCCUGGUGGCCAACCCCGGCAGUGUGGACCUGGUGUCUGAGCGUGAGCGCCGGCCGCUGGACGAGGAGAACGAGCGUCUAAAAGGUGUGGUCUCCUCCCUGAGGUCCGCCAUGGUGGCAGAACGGGGCCGGAGGGAGGGGGCAGAGAGGGAGUGCACAGCUGUGCUGCAGGAGUUUGAGCUUAUGGAACAACGCCUCCUGGGUGCUGAGGGCUGCCAGCUGCGAGUGCAGGAGCUGGAGGCGGAGCUACAGGAGAUGCAGCAGCUGAGGAGGUCACGGGUCUGUCUGUUGGAUGAGGGUCUGGAGCAGACCCUGCUCAACAAUGCCCCCGAGACCGACACACCCGAGGAGGGACCGGGGCAAAAGGAGGGAGGGGAGGGGACGGGGGAGUCCGGGGGGACAGGAGGAGGUGGGCAGCAGGGAGGCCCCGUGAGGAAGAGCUGCAGCGACACAGCGCUCAACGCCAUCUCGGCCUGCGACGCCUCUGGCAGGCGACAGGGCAGCUACGCAAUCCACGCCAACGGCGUGCGCAAGCGGGGCAUGUCCAUCCUGAGGGAAGUGGACGAGCAGUACCACGCCCUGCUGGAGAAAUACGAGGAGCUGCUGGGGAAGUGCCGGCGCCACGAGGAGAGCAUGUGCCACGCGGGGGUGCAGACGUCACGCCCUGUCUCCAGAGACCCCUCCAUGAAGGACUACAGCAUGGCCACCCCCGGCCCCUCAGCCAUGGCUGCUGCACCCCCCACCCUGCCCCAGACCCCCUCCACCCCAGAGGCCCUGGAGGGCAUCAGCCGGCAGGUAGACCAGGUGGACAAGAGGCUGGGCCAGAACACCCCAGAGUACAAGGCCCUGUUCAAAGAGAUCUUCUCCCGCCUGCAGAAGACCAAGAGUGAAGUGAACUCCACCAAGGGAGUCCCCAAGGGUAGAAAGUCCCCACGGGUUGGAAGUCCUAAGGGAAGAAAGUCGAAAGACAAAUGAGCUGCUUUCGUGAUACUAGUGAACAAUACCUCUCCUGAUACUAGUGAACAUGACCUCUCCUGAUACUAGUGAACAUGCACUGAAAACAAUGGGUACAAAAGCCACAGAUUUUCUUUCAGAAUUAGUUUUGGUCACUUGAUGACAGGUUACCUGUACUUCUGCACUGGGGAAAUGAUACAAUAUACUGUGGAUGAUCCCUCAGCUGUUUUAUCCAUCUCUCUGGAUACUGCCACAUUUUAUCCAUCUCUCUGGAUACAGCCACGUUUUAUCCAUCUCUGGAUACAGCCACGUUUUAUCCAUCUCUCUGGAUACAGCCAUGUUUUAUCCAUCUCUCUGGAUACUGCCACGUUUUAUCCAUCUCUGUGGAUACAGCCACGUUUUAUCCAUCUCUCUGGAUACUGCCACGUUUUAUCCAUCUCUCUGGAUACUGCCACGUUUUAUCCAUCUCUCUGGACACUGCCACGUUUUAUCCAUCUCUCUGGACACUGCCACGUUUUAUCCAUCUCUCUGGACACUGCCACGUUUUAUCCAUCUCUCUGGACACUGCCACGUUUUAUCCAUCUCUCUGGACACUGCCACGUUUUAUCCAUCUCUCUGGACACUGCCACGUUUUAUCCAUCUCUCUGGACACUGCCACGUUUUACCCAUCUCUCUGGACACUGACACGUUUUACCCAUCUCUCUGGACACUGACACGUUUUACCCAUCUCUCUGGAUACUGCCACCUCUCUGGAUACUGCCACGUUUUAUCCAUCUAUCUGGAUACUGACACGUUUUACCCAUCUCUCUGGUAACUGACACGUUUUACCCAUCUCUCUGGACACUGACACGUUUUACCCAUCUCUCUGGACACUGACACGUUUCACCCAUCCCAAUAUGAAUGAAUUGUACAGCUGACAUUCAUCAUCUGGAUAGAUGAAAUGCCUUGAUUCUUGACCUAAUUUAAGAUAAUUUGACAACCUAGUUGUGCACUAAAAUCUGUUUGCCCUGUCUUUGUUCAAGACAAUCCGGUACAAUGUUUAAAUGACUGAGUGUGUAUACUGAGACUGCACUAAUUCUAUUUAAAAUGUAUAAAUAAUUGCUAUUUAAUGUUUUUGACGACUGACAAUGAAUAAUAUGUGCAGAGCUAUUCAUAAAAUGUUUUCAAAAACAAUCUAGUUAAAUAUUCCUGAUCUCAAUAACACUGUUGCCUUAACAUCUUAGGCUUCACGUAUGCAUCUAUCCAACAUAUACAAUGGUUUUGAAAUCAGUAGGUGAAGCCAGUAGACUUCAAUUGAGGGAGCCCAUGGUACUCAAGGUAGUAACUUGUUCUAAAAUAAAUACUGUAUAUAAACUGUGAAUUUACCUCUGUAAAUUAGGUUGUCCAAGCUAGAGAACUGAGGACCUGAUGAUGCACUGCAUAGAAAUGGAACUCUCAACCACACUUGACUAAGCACCGACUCCUUGUUUUCUGGACUGCUUAUUUCAAGUACACAAGGGGCUCUAGCUGCCCUCUUAUCAGUACUUUGGCUUUUCAUUUUAAUAUUUUCCUUGUUCUCUUCUGCUCUUCAUUGUGUACAAACGUCAUGUGAUAUGGUCUUCUAUGCAUUUGUAGACGACCAUCUAAAUGUCUAACAUGGUUCUGUGAGAACGGUUGCUGGUGUGUUAGAAGGAGCAUGCCUGAUAGAAGGGUUGCUGGUGUGUUAGAAGGAGCAUGCCUGAUAGAAGGGUAAAGAUGGUUUACAGAAUGGUUGUACUUUAGAGCUGGAUCAAUAACAGAACAGUGUAAAAAGUAACAUGACUUUAUUGAUUAAAAAGACACUGGGA